CGAACGAGCCACAAGUCGUACUUCCCAUACCAACCAGAAAUACUCGCUCCGUCGAUCGAGAUCGGAGUCGAGGGAGACAAGCACGUGCGAUCUGGCUUUCUGAUCGGCCGGCGAGCAAAAGGAAGAAGAGAUCUUCGCCGGCGGCGAUAGGCGGAGGAGGAAGAGGGUGGGGAGAUUGUUGGUGAGUUGAUUACCCGAGGGAUCGAUCGGGGUGGGUAAAGAGAGAGGGGGAGAGAGGGAAGAGAGUGAGGGGAAAAGGUCGUCAUCGGUGGCUGGAAGAAGAGGUUAGGAGAUAGGUGAAAUGUCGGACGCGUUUUGCCCGGAGUGCAAGAGGAGCACGGAGGUUGUUUUCGAUCACUCUGCGGGAGACACGGUGUGCUCGGAAUGCGGGCUGGUUCUUGAGGCGCACUCCAUCGAUGAGACCUCGGAGUGGAGGACCUUCGCCAAUGAAUCUGCUGAUAACGAUCCCGUACGUGUCGGCGGGCCUACUAAUCCCCUCCUCACGGACGGCGGGCUUUCAACUGUCAUCGCUAAGCCCAACGGUGCCCAGGGAGAGUUCCUCUCCUCCUCACUCGGACGGUGGCAGAACCGUGGCUCCAACCCCGAUCGCUCUCUCAUUCUCGCCUUCCGCACAAUCGCCACCAUGGCCGACAGGCUGGGUCUUGUUGCUACAAUCAAGGAUCGGGCUAAUGAAAUAUACAAGAAAGUUGAAGAUCUCAAGUCCAUUAGAGGAAGAAACCAGGAUGCCAUUUUGGCUGCUUGCUUAUAUAUAGCUUGCCGGCAGGAGGAUAGACCUCGCACAGUAAAGGAAAUUUGUUCUGUUGCUAAUGGGGCUACAAAGAAGGAAAUUGGCCGAGCAAAAGAAUUUAUUGUUAAGCAGCUUGAAGUUGAGAUGGGCCAAUCAAUGGAGAUGGGAACUAUUCAUGCAGGAGAUUUCCUGAGACGUUUCUGUUCUCAUCUUGGCAUGACAAAUCAAGCAGUCAAAGCUGCACAAGAAGCAGUUCAGAAGUCUGAGGAGCUUGAUAUAAGGAGGAGCCCUAUAUCAAUUGCAGCGGCAGUUAUUUACAUGAUAACUCAACUAUCAGAAGAGAAGAAGCCAUUAAAAGAUAUAUCGCUAGCGACGGGUGUUGCAGAAGGUACCAUAAGAAACUCGUAUAAAGAUCUGUAUCCAUAUGCGUCGAGGCUCAUUCCGACCUCCUUUGCCAAGGAAGAAGACCUCAAGAGCCUCUGCAGCCCAUAAUAGCCUGGUAUGGAUUGUUCCCCUCUCAGAAGCUUCUUGGGCGGCAUCAAUGGCGGUAAAUUCUUCACUUCGUCCUAUACUUUUUGUUUCUUGUCCUGUUUGGUAAGAAUUGGUCAUUUGUGGUUUUAGGUAGGGUAAGAAAGUGCUUUUCGCCAUUGCUGUAGAAUUCUGAUCACUAAGUCGCCUAAUAUUGGUUUAAUUUAGAGUAUUUAUGUACCUAAUACUGAAAGUUUCUGCAACUAAUGACACAUACAUUGCUCUUCUUUUCCUGCUAUAUUAUAAGUUCAUUAAACUGUUGAAUUUUGAUCAUCCUAUGAAAAUUGUAAUUUGCGUUUCAGAAA